UCGACAUUGCGUUUGACUCACUUGUCGGACACCUGGACGUAGGGCUCCACGCAGCGGUUGGUGUCCACGCACCGGUAGCCCCCAUGGUAGUUGACACAGGUCUGGGUCUCAGAGCACUGGUACUCGCCCGACUCACACUCGUUAACAUCUGCGUCAGGGGGCAGGGGCUGGGACCCAGGCGUCAGACCUGCAGCCCCUCACCACCCUACCCAGCCCGCCCCGGCAACCGUACCUUGGCAGAGGCGGGUGGCCAGCAGCUGGUAGCCCUGCGGACAGUGGCAGGAGAAACGUCCUGGCUCGUUGACACAGCGGUACUGGCACAGCAUUGCGGCUAAGAUGUGAAGAAGCCCGUCUCUCCGCCUGUUCCCGUUGAAUCCUCAAACCACUCAUUUUACUGACGAUGUGAGGGGCUCAGGGAGCAGAGGGCCUCACCCUCGUCUAGGAUUCGAAGGCCUCAGGGAUGGUCAAGCACUCAUUGACGUCUGCAGGGGUGGAUUCCCAGCAAGGGUCCCACGGAGACCCCCCCAAAAAACUUCAUUCAAAGUCGCCAGAACCCCCCGCCUCCGGAUGGCGCUCCCAGGCUGCGGACUGCCCCUCCUGUCCCUUCUCCCCAAGGCGACCUUCAGCUGGGUGGUCCCCGCACUCCAGCUCGGCCACCCCCAUGCCCUCCUCUAGGACGACAGCUGCUGGGGGGUCGGGCGGCUGGACCCUCUGCCUCUGGUUGGAUGGAAGCCCCUGAGGGCGGUCAGAGCUGGCCUCUGCGCUUUGGACACCAAGGACCAGCGCCAUCCUGGGCCUCUGCCCGCCCUGCCCCCUGGUCCCCUUCCAGGUCCCCCACGGAGGGCGCGCCCCCACCCCGGGGGCGGAGCCCGGGCGGCUGGCCCCCAGGAAGAGGCGGGGCUCCGCCUUGCCCACGUUGUAGGGCGGAGCGAGACGGGAAAGGAUUGCGUGUCCGGGCCGGGGAUCCCCCGCUUGGGGCAGCGGCUAGUGGGAAUGGCCCGGCCUCCCCCGCUUUUCCUGCACCCACGGACCCCCAAGAGUCGCCUCCCGGAGCGGGAUCCGAAGGCCCCAGGGCCCCUGCCGCAGGAACUCAAAGAGGUCUUCACCCGCUUCCAGGUCCGGUACAACCGGAGCUACGCUAACCCGGCAGAGCUCGCCCGCCGAGUGGACAUCUUUGCCCGAAACCUGGCCCGGGCUCAGCAGCUGCAGGACAAGGACUUGGGCACAGCUGAGUUUGGGGUGACUCCGUUCAGUGACCUCACAGAGGAGGAAUUUGGCCAGAUGUACGGGCACCAGCAGGUGCCUGCCACAGCCCUCCACAUGAGCCGGCAGGUUGGGUUUGGACCUGAAGCUGGGGAGAAGCUGCCGCCCUCCACCUGUGACUGGCGGAAGCAGGAGUACAUCAUCAAAUCAGUCAGGGACCAGAAGAACUGCAACUGCUGCUGGGCCAUCGCAGCGGCGGGCAACGUGGAGGCCCUGUGGGCCAUCGAACAGAGAACGUCCGUGGAAGUCUCUGUGCAGCAGCUGGUUGACUGUGACCGCUGCGGUGGGGGCUGCACUGGUGGCUUUGUCUGGGACGCCUUCAUGACUGUCCUCAAUUACAGCGGCCUAGCCAGCGAGAAGAAGUACCCAUUCAAGGGGACCUUCAAACCCCACCAGUGCCGGGCUAACAAUUUCAAGAAGGUGGCCUGGAUCCGGGAUUUCAUCAUGCUACAGGACAACGAGCAGCUAAUUGCCCAGUACCUGGCCAUCCACGGCCCUAUCACUGUGACCAUCAACUCGAAGCUGCUGCAGCAAUACCGGAAAGGGGUGAUCAAGCCCACGCCCGACACCUGUGACCCCCGGUUUGUGAACCACUCGGUCCUGCUGAUGGGCUUUGGUCAAACCAAGAGGACAUGGACAGAGACACGGCAGGGCGGGACACAGGGCCGCCCUAUCCCGUACUGGAUUCUGAAGAACUCCUGGGGGCCCAACUGGGGCGAGGAGGGCUACUUCCGGUUACACCGAGGGAGUAAUGCCUGCGGCAUCACCAAGUACCCGUUCACGGCCCGGUUGGGCAAAUCAACUGUGCGCCCAGUCCACUGUCCUCCCGCUUCCUGAGAGUCCCGCCCCUCCCCUCCCUGCUCUGCUCGCUUCUGUUGUGGUGCCAGCUGCCUGUCCUGGCGCCACCCCAAGGCUCCUGCCUGUCUUCCCCAUCUUCUGACUAAGCCUGAAUAAACCAGAACCACAGGCCCCCGGCUUCUGCGA